UCCUCUCCAAUCCCUUCGAAAAUCUAACAGUGAAUUGAGAUUAUUGAAAUCUAUAAUAUUUUUUUUUAUACAAUUAGAACUGAAAAAGUGAAAAUCAUGUCUUCUUCACUACCAGCUUCCACUCUUCAAAACCGCCUCCAGUUCAUCGUCGACAACGGGUCGCCGGAGUUGUGGCUCUACGCCAUUUUCUGGCAAGCGAGCGGCGACGGAAACGGCGUCGUUCUAUCAUGGGGCGACGGCCAUUUUCGCGGCGGGAGAGGGGGUGAUACGGAUCGGAAUGUGGCGGAGGGUAACGGCGAGGCGGAUUACCCGGAAUGGUUUUAUCUGUCGUCAGUGGCCAAGUGUUUCGUAGCGGCGGAGGAUCUCAUCGUCCGAACGUUUGACUCCGGGUCUUAUGCUUGGCUGUCGGGCGAUUUCGGCGGGGUUCCGUUUUGCGAUUGCGGGAGAGUUAAGGAAGCGUACAUGCAUGGGAUUAAAACGUUGGUGUUCUUCUCGACCUCGUAUGGAGUUGUGGAAUUGGGAUCCACCGAGAUUAUUCAGCAAGACGGGGAACUUUUGCGGCAUUUCCAGUCGCUAUUCAACUUCAACGCCUCCGCCGCCGCCGUGCCGGUGACGAACCGGUCGCCGGAAUCUUCCAACUCGGAUUUCCACGACGUUCACCCGACAACCUGCGGCGGAAACCUCGGACGGCGGCGGAAAACAUCAUUGUCCGGAAAUGAUCAAAUGACGCGAAACCACGUGGCCUCGGAGAGACAGCGGCGGGAGAAGCUAAACCACCGCUUCUACGCCCUACGCAGCGCCGUCCCCAACGUCUCAAAGAUGGACAAAGCGUCGUUGCUAGCAGAUGCCGUGGCGUACAUCAACGAGCUGAAGGCGAAGAUCGACGACCUGGAAGCGAAGGUGGGGUCGCGCGCAGAGAAUCCCAACCCGAGGAAGCGGAUGAGGGAAUCGACGGCCAUGAUCAUUCACGAAGGAACGAGCUCGCCAUCGCUAACCGUUGAUCCAUUUGGGGUAGAAGUUGAAGUGAAGAUCAUAGGGGAAGAGGCCAUAAUUCGUGUCCAGUCACCGGACGUGAACUUCCCGGCGGCGAGAUUGAUGAAUGUGCUGAGAGAGCUGGAGGUUGGGAUCCAUCACGCCACCGUGUCGUGCGUGGCAGAGCUGAUGCUUCAAGAUGUUGUGAUUAGGGUUUCUGGUGGAUCACAGGAGGAAGCCCUAAAAGCUAUUAUCCUUCAAAGAUUGCAAACCUACCAAGAUUAAGUCUUACAUACACUGUUAUAUGUGUACUAUAUAUAUAUUUUUAUGAGAUAGUAUCUGUUCAAAUAUAUAUUUUCUCUAACUGUUGUAGCUCAAAGAGUCAAUAUUCCACCACCCAAGUUCAAUCCAGUGAUAUUUCCUCAAGAAGAACCACAAAGUCGAUUGUGUGAUCUUUUCUUAAGGAGAGUCACAAAGGUGUCAAAUGAGCACGAGGUGUUUGGUGUACUAUAUAGUAUUUAAAGAUUUUGUUCA